AGGGUGGACGGCUCCAGCUGGGAAACGGCAACUUCAGCCUCAAGAAGCUCAGCAGAGCUUCAGAGCGAAGCAGAGAGCUCAUCUGAUUCUGCAAAGCUGGGUCUGGUUCCACGCGGGGAGGAGUCUGAUGUCUCUGCCGGCCAAUCAGAGGCAGCAGAAGCAGGUCAGGUAGCUGAAGAGGACCUGGAAGAGAGCAGGCAGGCCAGAGCAAGUGUGCACAGUUGCAGGUCAGCGGACUCACCUGGAGGAUUAUGUCCAAACCUUCGACCAACGUUAAGGCCCUGCAGGCUAAUCUGAACAUCCCGAUGGGCGCGCUGCGGCCAGGGGCGGGACUUCCUGUGAAAAGGAGAGAGGAGACAGCAGCACAGAUGGAGGAGGUUCCUCCGGAGCAAAGCUGCCCUGCAGCCCCGACACCAGAGGAGAAGAAGCCAUCGCCAGGAGCGUUGAAGCUUCCUGGACCUGCAGUUAACCUGUCAGAGCUGAAAAAUGUAAAGAGCGAACUCCGAUGGGUCACCAAGGAUUAACAGAUUGUUGAAGAUGGACACUGAUCUCUGCAGAACUGCCACCUGGAAAAUCGGAAACAUGACCUCUGUUUGCUGCAUCACCUCAUUUCGCAUAUUUAUCUCUAAUGACAGCUGAUGCUGCUCACAUUCAGUCACUGCUAAAGACAUUUCUGCUGCAGAAAAGACCCGACGUUUCCUGGACUUUGAUUGGAUGUUUUCAUGAUCUUCCUCUGAAAGCUUCUCUAAAUGUUGUUCAUGGGUUCAGUUUUGUGAAAGCAGGUGUCGUCAUCUGACAGAAAUAUAAAGUUAUUUAGUGUUUUACUUCUUUUUCUGCAAUAAUUUCACUGGUUUGUGCUGAAAACUAAAACUAAAUUUGCAUGUUAAUCCUGCAUGAAGAGAAAUGAGAAAAUAGUCCAUUUGUUUUGUUCUCUGGCCUUUAAACUCCAUUCUACGUCAGUAAUUCUGCCCAUUUUUUUCAAUAAAACACAUUUCUGUUUUUAAGAA